ACUCGUAGUUCGAAUACGUCUCGGUAGAACGCACAAUACAUAAUAACUGGUUUACCGAAAAACUAAUAACGUUACAAUAACAGAACUAAACUAGACGCCGUCGCUCUAUAACGCUUUUAAAAAAAAUAUUUAUAAAAUAAAAAUAAUUGUUACAUUCCAAUUUCGAAUUUGGUGUUCUGUCAAGUGACAGUAAAUAGAAAAAAAAAAAAGUUACGCGCCAUUUUAAAAAUUAGAAAAAAAAUACGCGUUCGAAAUUCGAAACAAAUGUUUUGAUUCACAUACUAUUAUUAGCCAGAGAUACAGAUAAUAGAAUCGUGAGUGUAUAAAAGUGCCUAUUGUACAAGUGAUAUGAUAACGGUUUAAAUAAAUAAUAAUAUCAGCUUGUGAUUGUGUUAUUAUUUGGUCAACAACGUAAACAUGCAGACGACGAAGUUGAGGCCGCUCUUCCAGUUGGUAUCUAUUAACAAGGAAGUUAUAAGGACUGUAGCAGUCGCCAGUACAGCGGUGAAGACAGAAACCUUAAAACCAUGGAACGCGAUCCCAGGACCGUCAUCGUUGCCCAUCAUUGGACAAAUACACCAUUUCCUUCCCGGAGGCAGUUUUGGUGACAUGAAAGACCCUGAAACUAUAUCGAGGCUGCUUGAAACGUAUGGACCAAUUGUAAGGCUGGACAGCAUGCUGGGGAAACCACCUCUGCUCUUCUUAAGUGACCCUGACAGCGCGGAACUUGUUUUACGAAGUGAAAACUGGUUGCCGCACCGUCCCGGGUUUCAUUCGCUCGAAUAUUAUAGAAACGAUUACAAGAAAGAUAGAGGACACGUAACAGGACUUAUUUCUGAUCACGGCGAUGUAUGGAAGGAGUUCAGGUCUACAGUCAAUCCUGUGAUGUUGCAGCCUAAGACCAUCAAGCUAUACACCAAAGUACUUGAUGAGGUGGCUCAGGAUAUGAUAGUCAGGAUGAAAGCUAACCGUGAUGAGAACAACAUGAUAAAAAAAGAUUUCGAUAAAGAGAUGAACUUAUGGGCCUUGGAGUCUAUUGGUACGGUGGCUCUUGGCUGCCGACUGAACUGCUUCGAUCCGAACCUUCCAGCAGACUCGCCGGAGUGGCAGCUGAUCCAAUGCGUCCACGAUCUCUUUGCUACAGCCAAUGAGCUGGACUUCAAGCCAAGUUUAUGGAGAUAUUACUCAACGCCGACGUUCAAACAAGCUAUGAAGUUGUAUGAGCAUCAUGAGAACUUAACAAAAUACUUCAUAAAGAAGGGAAAGGAACAGUUGAAGACCAAGCCUGACAAUGAAAAGGGAGUAUUGGAGAAGCUGCUGGAAAUAAACGAAGAAGUAGCUCACAUUAUGGCCAGCGACAUGUUAUUUGCUGGUGUUGAUACAGCAGCAAACACGGUAACAGCAACAUUAUACCUUCUGGCGAAGAACCCGGAUAAGCAAGCAAAGUUAAGAGAAGAAGUGACGUCGAAUGUGGAAAAGAGAUCGUACCUAAGAGCUUGUGUUAAGGAGUCAUUAAGAGUUAUGCCUGUAGUAUCAGCAAACGCUAGGAGAACCACAAAGGAGUACAAUAUAAUGGGAUAUCAAGUGCCUAUAGGCGUAGACGUCAUCUUCGCUCAUCGAGAGAUGUCCCUAAUGGACAAGUACUACCCAAACGCCAAAGAGUACAUUCCAGAGAGGUGGCUAACCAACAAGGAUGAUCCAUUGCACUAUGGAAAUGCUCACCCAUUCGCCUAUGGACCCUUCGGUUUUGGAGCGCGAAGCUGCAUAGGUCGUCGCAUAGCAGAACUAGAAAUGGACACAUUUGUGGCGCGAUUAAUAGAAAACUUCCAAGUGGAAUGGUUCGGACCCCCGCCUACAGUCGUGCAAGAAGCGCUCAACUACAUCAAGGGACCCUACAACUUUGUAUUCAAAGACAUUAAAUGAAUAAACUAAUUUUUGAAUAAAUUUUAUUAUAGUUAAGAUAAUAUUAAUUUUAAUUAAUGUAUUUUUAUGGAUGAUAAUAAUUAUGGUUGUUUUUGAUAAAAAUAUAUGAAAUACUAGCUGACCCAGCGGACUUCGUACCGCUUUCGCGUAGCAAUGAUGCUCUACUUUAUUUUGGAUUUAUUUUAUUUUAAGGACUUUACUAAUUAAAAAAAAAAACAAAAUAUA